AUAAUUUGUGUGUUGAUGAUGUCCUUAUUAUUUAUUUUUCUCCGACUAUAUAUAUUUUUUUCUCUUCUGUUUAAUCUUUGUAAGGUGACCUUGAGAUUUGAAAGGCGCCUGAUAAUAAAAUUUAUUACUAUUAUUAUUAUUAAAUCCAAUCUCUGCAGUUUUGGGGACAGAGCCUUCUCCAGGGCAGCUCCCAGGCUCUGGAACUCCCUUCCCCAACUGAUCCGCAAUUCUGAGUCCCUCACCAUCUUCCAGUCCCGCCUCAAGACCCAUCUCUUCACCUCUGCUUAUCCUUAGCCUCACGUCCCCCUCCCUUUACAUCUGUGCUUGAAUUGUUGCUCAUUUUUUGGUUUGUUUUGUUUUGUAUUUGUUUUUGUUUUUGUUUCUUGCCUUGUAAAGCGACUUUGAGCUUGAAAAGCGCUAUAUAAAAUCAAUUAAUUGUUAUUAUUAUUAACUUUCAUACUUGCGGUUAUUUUUAGAUACUGUUUGGGGGCGGGUACUUUGGUGUUGUAUUUGUCCGCAAGUAUUUACCUUACUCGCUGGCAAGUGAACAACGUGUGAGGGGGCUGGCGUUUUGUUUUCUUGUGGGGACUGGAAGCGGUCCAGUGUCCCAGGCUCCAGUGAAGGAGAUUGUUUCACUGGCAAUUCAGCAGCGGGUGAAGGCACUGCAGCUUCAGGUUCAAGUCCCAUCGCAGUCACAUCUUUCUGACAUUCAGGUUACAUCAAAUUCACUGAUACCCAAGGUAUGUAAGUUGAAAACACUUCCAAAUUCAUUACCAUCUCGGUGUUGUAUCAAUGCAUGCUUUCUAUUUAUCAUUUUGGCAAUGAAUAGCAAUAUUGAAAUUUAUUUUUAUCUUGAACAAACUUGCCGAGAACUUAUUUUGUUUCAUGCAACAUUUGUUCUCAUGUUUUCCCUCGUAUCUCGGUUCAUCACCAAUGGUUUUCAUACUGGAUAUUAGCUAAACACAUAUAUUUUGUAUCCUCCAUACACACACAUUUCUACUCCCCAGAUUUCACUCAAUAGUCAAUAUUCCAAAUCCAUUAUCCCAUUCCCAGCCUAUUUGACUGUUUUUGCUUUUACUUGCUUUAAACUGAAGCCCAUGUUUUGGCUGAAGAAGUGUCUCGACCUGUUCCUCCUCUCCAGAGAUCUUGCCUGGCCCGCUGCGAUACUCCAGAUUUUUGUGUCUAUCCCAUGUUCUGUUGUGGGCUUCGCAUACACACUUGCGUUUGUUGCAAUGUUCCCCUGAUCUCUGAUGAAGAAUGAGAGCUGUUUUAACGGUCCCGAUGUCCGCUGACAAGGGUAAUGCUGUUGUAAACUAGCUUAAUCGCUAAACCACUUCAUCCUUCCGUGCUGAGGCCAGGCGCCUGCCCAGCUCUCACACCUAGGCAUUGGCCAUGACUCCACGGACUCAAGCAGACUCCAAUUUUACAGUCCUCUAAUCCCAUACAACAUGUUUCCUCGAUAUCCGCCCCAUUGAUGUCUCUUUUUCACACGUUACCCUUCCACCAUUAGUUUUUUGCAUAUCUCCAUUUCACCUAUAUUACUAAAACUCUGACCUUAACCACUUCCUGGUUUUCUGUUUCAUGUGAGUUUUUAGCCAUCUUACUCGGAGUCCCCCUCCCUGCAUAGGACAAGAGGAUUUUUCCCAUCGAUGAAAAGUAAAAGAGUUAUUAAUGUGUAAAAAAUGCUGAGAUUCUCUCUGCUGCGCCUGCUGGUGGGAGGGGAGAGGGACUAUAAAACCCGGAAGUGUUGUACCUCGGUCAGUCUCUGCAAGAUGGAGGAAGCGAGAGGGUCACGUCAUGCCUCUCUGAGCUGUGAAUAACACUGAACACAUGUCUACUCAACUGUGUGCCUUUAAUGUGGUUUGAAAAUGAAAAUGUGGUUGCUUUGAAAUGCUGCACUGGAAAUGGUUGUUGCUGGAGGUUGCUUUAAAAUGCUGCACUGGAAAUGGUUUACAAUUUGCCUAUAAACCUGUACGUCUUUGGACUGUGGGAGGAAACCGGAUCUCCCGGGGAAAGCUCACGCUGGUCACGAGGAGAACGUACAAACUCCGUGCAGACAGCACCCACAGACAGGAUUGAACCUGGGUCCCUGGCACUGUAAUCAGCAGCUCCACUGCUGUACCACCGUGCUGUACCGUAUACAGGGAUUUCCCGGGUUAUGUAAGUGUUGGUCUAAAAUACUCAGACUGCUCGGUUUGUAAACUGCCCAUUUUUUGUGUUGUCUGCAAACUUACUAAUCAACCCACCAAAUUAUUUAAUAACUCAAAUCAUUUAUAUACCCAAAUCAUUUAUAUAUUCACAAACAGUAAAGGUUCCAGCAAUGAUCCCUGUGGACCAGUGCCCUGGUCAAAACAAAAACUCAUCCACCACUACUCUCUACUGCCAAGCAACAUAGAAACAUAGAAACAUAGAAAUUAGGUGCAGGAGUAGGCCAUUCGGCCCUUCGAGCCUGCACCGCCAUUCAAUAUGAUCAUGGCUGAUCAUCCAACUCAGUAUCCCGUACCUGCCUUCUCUCCAUACCCUCUGAUCCCCUUGGCCACAAGGGCCACAUCUAACUCCCUCUUAAAUAUAGACAAUGAACUGGCCUCAACUACCCUCUGUGGCAGAGAGUUCCAGAGAUUCACCACUCUCUGUGAGAAAAAAGUUCUCUUCAUCUCGGUUUUAAAGGAUUUCCCCCUUAUCCUUAAGCUGUGACCCCUUGUGCUGGACUUCCCCAACAUCGGGAACAAUCUUCCUGCAUCUAGCCUGUCCAACCCCUUAAGAAUUUUGUAAGUUUCUAUAAGAUCCCCUCUCAAUCUCCUAAAUUCUAGAGAGUAUAAACCAAGUCUAUCCAGUCUUUCUUCAUAAGACAGUCCUGACAUCCCAGGAAUCAGUCUGGUGAACCUUCUCUGCACUCCCUCUAUGGCAAUAAUGUCCUUCCUCAGAUUUGGAGACCAAAACUGCACGCAAUACUCCAGGUAUGGUCUCACCAAGACCCUGUACAACUGCAGUGGAACCUCCCUGCUCCUAUACUCAAAUCCUCUUGCUAUGAAAGCCAACAUACCAUUCGCUUUCUUUACUGCCUGCUGCACCUGCAUGCCUACCUUCAAUGACUGGUGUCCCAUGACACCCAGGUCUCGCUGCAUCUCCCCCUUUCCCAAUCGGCCACCAUUUAGAUAAUAGUCUGCUUUCCCGUUUUUGCCACCAAAAUGGAUAACCUCACAUUUAUCCACAUUAUACUGCAUCUGCCAAACAUUUGCCCACUCACCCAGCCUAUCCAAGUCACCUUGCAGUCUCCUAGCAUCCUCCUCACACCUAACACUGCCCCCCAGCUUCGUGUCAUCCGCAAACUUGGAGAUGUAAACGUUUGAAUGUAAAGCCCAUACAAUCUCUGGAUUGUUAUUAAAUCCACCUGGUUCAUUGAUAUUUUUAUUAAGGAAAUGUAAAAAUCGCUUCAUCAGUUUGUAUUCCUGGAAGUCUAGGGUAACAGAGUCAGGAGGUUAAACUUUGUGUUGACUCCGAGGCAACAAGUAAACUGAAUUUGUCCUUGAUAAAAAAAAUAUUGCCAACCAAAAAUGUUAUGCAGCUCGGAAUGAAAACUAGACGUAGCAAAGCAAACAUUACACAACCAAAGCUCUUCUGAGACCUUGUCCCCAUCAACUGUAAAUCUUUGAUAAUUUUGAUUGUAAUCUCAGCGACAUUGGAAAGGAAAUUUCCAUCGAGAUUGUAUUUCGCAAAUGAACUUUUGUACUUGCGGUUAUUUUUUUGACACAUUUUGGGGGCGGGUCCGUUGGUGUUGUAUUUGUCCGUAAGUAUUUUCCUGUGUUACUCGUGGGCAAGUGAGCUAGAUGUGAGGGGGCCGGAGUUUUGUUUUCUUGUGGGGACUGGAAGCGGUCGCAGAGUUCCAGGCUCCAGUGAAGGAGAUUGUUUCACUGGUAAUUCAGCAGCGGGUGAAGGCACUGCAGCCGCGGGUUCAAGUCCCAUCGCAGUCACAUCUUUCUGACAUUCAGGUUACAUCGAAUUCACUGAUACCCAAGGAUCAGUGUGAUCAUCUUUCCUCAACAUGGGUGGUCUUGGAUGGAGAAGCAGAUCAAAUGUCACAUUUGUUCUCGGUAUCAUCUUCGCCCUGUCUUGUCCAAUUACCCAAGCAGCUAGAAUAUUGGUCGUGCCUGUUGAUGGAAGUCAUUGGAUCAAUAUGAAAAUUCUAUUGGAAGAGCUGAACCUUCGUGGCCACAACAUGACUAUGCUUUGUUACUCCGCAAACUGGUACAAAGAGAGACCCGAUCUGUAUCAAACCAUCAUAGUUCAAGCACAAAAAAACAUUGAAGCACCUUCAAGGAAAGAAACGAUGGAAUUUGUUUUGGUAAUGUCGCUGGACAGGUUACAGAAUAGUCACACACUAUGGGGCAACAUAAUGUUACAAAUUUUAAUGGUUACAUUUACGUACAAUGUACAGAGAAUUUAUCAAAAUUUCAACAUGGCGAUUUUUGAAAACAAAACCUUGUUGAAUCAAUUUGAAAAUGCAAACUUUGACUUAAUACUCACAGAUCCUAUAUUUGGUACCGGGCCAAUGCUUGCGUAUUAUUUAAAAGUGCCGCUGGUGUACAACGUUCGAUGGCAGAUGAAUGGGGAAGCCCAUUUUCUCACUGCCCCGUCACCACUUUCCUACGUCCCACUUCCUGGCUCACUUCUCACAGACAAAAUGGAUUUUCUCCAAAGAACUGAAAAUAUAAUUCACAGUGUAGUUCAACACUUGCUUUCAGAAUUUUUGAUAUUCCCACUUUACAAUGAAAUCUGCCAUCGGUAUCUGGGACCAGACACAGACUUCAAGUCGAUUCUCCUCAGAGCUGAUGUGUGGCUGAUGAGGGUGGAUUUUGUGUUUGAAUUCCCAAGACCCACCAUGCCAAACAUCGUGUACAUCGGAGGCUUCCAGUGUAAACCAGCACGGCCUCUGGCAGCAGAGUUUGAGGAGUUUGUCCAAAGCUCAGGUAAACAUGGACUUGUUGUAAUGUCAUUGGGGACCUUUGUCAACUCUUUACCAAUGGAGAUUACAAUGAAAAUAGCAGAAGCUUUAUCUCAAAUCCCCCAGAAGGUUAUCUGGAGAUAUGAUGGUGAGACCCCUCCCAAUAUAGGGAAUAAUACACUGCUGGCAAAAUUGAUCCCUCAGAACGACCUGCUGGGUCACCCCAACACACGAGCCUUUGUUUCACACGGAGGCGCCAAUGGGAUUUAUGAAGCCAUCUACCAUGGGGUGCCAGUGAUCGGCAUGCCUCUGCUUUUUGACCAGUUUGACAAUUUACUCAAGCUCGAAGCCCGAGGAGCAGCAAAAGUGAUCAAUGUUGCAACCGUGCAUUCUACAGAUCUGUUGCAGGCACUGAACGAGGUGAUAAACGACGCAUCUUAUGGGGACAACAUGAAGAGACUCUCCGCUCUCCAUCGGGACCAGCCAGAGUCGCCAAUGGAGAGAGCCGUUUUCUGGGUUGAGUACGUUGCCCGACACAAAGGAGCGGGGCAUUUGCGCUCAGAAUCUCACCGACUCCCCUGGUACGCUUACUAUUGUGUAGAUGUGAUGAUCUUUCUGUUGUCUGUGUUACUCCUGCUCACUGUGUUGGUGGUUGGAACACUGAAGAAACUUUGUUGUAUUGCACUGAAGAAAAAGCAAAAGACGGAGUGAUUUAUUUUUCCCUUGGUAUAUUUUGUUCUUUCAAAUUAAUCAUAUAAAGUUUUUCAUGCCUUUGAUCCACGGAGUCUCCUUUCCUCAAGACAUUGAUUCAACAUAUGCUAAUAAAAGCCAGAAAGGUGAGUGAAAUAAUAACCUUUGUGCAUUGAUAUGCAGAUGAAAAGUGUAAACAGCUGAACCUCAUUUUCCUGAAGGCUUAAAUUUACUGACAGUUAUUCACAAUGAAGUUUCCUUUGGUUAUCUGGGCACAAACCUUUAUGAUUCACUGACAGAGUGGACCUUUACUGCACUAUUCCCUCUUCCAAUCAACCAUGACAACUCUCACUCUCAAUCUGUCAGCAUGUUUGCCUUCGUUCCAGUGCCCCAUUAUUGUCGUACAAUAUCAUAGUGAGCCUCCUUUACACUUUAGAGAUACAAUGUAGAAACAGACCCUUCGGCCCAUUCAGUCUGCGCCGACCAGCGAUCACUCCACACACUAGAUAGACACAAAAUGCUGGAGUAACUCAGCGGGUCAGGCAGCAUC